UUUUGUUAUUUGUCUAUGAUUUUUUGUAAACAAUAUUGUUUGACUGAACAUGUGUAUCUCGUGUAUUCACUUUAAUUAAUUUAAAUUUAAAGAUGUUAUUUAUACUGUGAAAACGCAACAACUGCAAUGUCCGGAUACUUGGAGAUAAAGUAUCCGUUCAAAUCUAAUUUAGGCUUAAAUCCUUUCAAGUCGUGGAAAAGACAAUGGUGUAUUUUGAGACCGAGUCCGACGUGUUCGGGGGCCUCACUGGCGGUGUACUGCAGCGAGGCAGGCGCUCCAGCGGGGUCUGUGGAGCUUCCUUUGGGAUGCGUGGUGAAGAGGGCUAAGUCUCGCACGCGACCACAUGCUUUCGCCGUGUUCUCUGUUGACGACCCGCGAAAGCCUCGCGUGUUGUUGGCGGCACAAUCUCUACACGAUACACAAGUUUGGAUGGAGAAAAUUCGAGCUUUGUUAAAUGGCAGCAAAAUAUUAAACAGCGAGCCUCUGGUGAAGGACUCGUACUCGGUGAGUGUGAUCAGCACUGCGCUGUCGCGGCGCUGCGGGCUGAGCGCGGACACGGUGGUGACGCUGGCGGCGGGCGGCGUGGUGCUGGCGCGCGCGCACCUCGCCGCCUUCCUCGACUGGAAGCACAUCCGCGACGUGCGGCUGGCGCACCACCACAACACCCGGACCUGCGUGCUCAAUGUUGAUAGUGAGUUCAGCAGCGGCAGCGGCGAGCUGAAGUUCUCGUCCCCGCUGGCGGGCGAGCUGGCGCGCGCGCUGCGGGCCGCGCUCAGCGGCGGCGGCGUGCGCGCCGGACACAAGCUCAGCAAGAGCGACGGCGACCUGCGCUCGCACAAGUGCAGCCACGCCGAUAUGGGUGAUGUACGCCGCAGCAGUUGGUACAGCGGACCUUCUGAAGUAUCAUUGGAUGAUAUUGAUCUCGUCAUGUCUAAGGAGUCAAAGCACAUUCCAGCGGGCCAGUUGUCGCGCUACAGUGGCGCCGGGCAGCUAGCGUCCACGGCUGCGCUCGCGCAACCCAACACCGCACAAUCCGUUACCUCCUUUGAUGACAGUGUGUCGGACCGUCGCUCGCUGCUGUCGGUGGCGUCGGGCAUCUACGAGGAGAUCCCCGAGCUGCCCGAGGCCGGCGCGCGCAGGAACAUCUCCUGCGACGUGCCCGACGGAGUGCUCAAGGCGUUCGGCGUAUCCCUUGACGAGCCGACGUACGAGUGUGUGGGGGACUGCGUGUACGCCACCAUGCGCAGGCGCCGCCCGCCGCCGCUGCCGCCGCGACAACGCUUCGGCGGGCGCGACAGCAGCGUGACGCGCCACUCGUCGCUGGGCUCGCUGCCGCACGCGCACACGCUGCCGCACACCGCCACGCUGCCCAAGCGACAGCCCUUCAGCGUCUUCCGAAAACGGCUCAAAAGUGACUCUCGCGUCUCCGGCUCACAAAAAUCAGAAUCCUCAAAAGAACAUAAAGACGUCGAAACUAAGAAGAAGAAAUUCGACUUCACGCCGACUCGGGAUAUAUUCAAGAGUUUCAAGGUGAGUCGCAAGAUGAAGAACCUGAAGAUAACGAGCGGCAACCUCAGCAAGGGCGAGACCAAGAGCUGCGAGUUCCUGGACGACACCGAGCAUGUGCAGACCAACCGCUGCUCCAAGUCCGUCGAGUGCCUCGAGAACGACUUCGACUUCGAGGCCGACCUCUCCAUAGAGUUCAGCGAGGACAGCGUCACGGCGCUCUCUAUCCCGCAGCAGAUCGUGGACCUGCUGCUGGGCCACGACCAGCUCAGCAAGGUCCGCCUAAAAGACGAGGUGGAGAGCGACUACAUGCCCAUGUCGCCCAUCAUCCCGCCGCCGCCCAUCGAGCACCACUACAUAGUCAUGUCGCCGAGGACUAACAUCGCCUGAACUAGUCUACCCUAACUAUAAGUCAUUAUCUGUAAGUAUUGACAAGUUGACAGUUUUCUGAAUAUGUUUAAAAAUCAUGUUUGGAACAAUGGUUUGACCAAAGACCAUUCUCAAAGAGAUUCUGUUAUCGUUUUGGUCUACUUAUUUGAGUGACCUUUCAUCUGCACUGAUGACUGUAUUGUAAUAUUUUUAUUACUUUGUCAGUGUAGACGAAAUUGCGUGUUCUUGGACGCAUGUCUUUACAGACAAAAUUACUGGAUAAACCUCAAGAAUGUCGACAGUUACUUUUUAAAUGAUCUCUAAGUGCAAGGUGCGACAUUGGAUUGUAUCUACAAAAGUGUAAGAUCUCGAAUAACCUGAACUAUAACUUGCAUAAUUGAAACUAACCUUGCACUAAACCUAAACCUUUUUUAUCGACGUUCAUUAUGAGGUGUCAAAAUGUCCUAAAAAAUUUAUCGUCAUCUGACGAUUCCCUAAUGGCUAUAUAAUUUACUAAACUUCUUUCUAUAUCAGUAGAAGUUAUCCGAUAGUUUGUUCGAUAGAUUUAUCGAUUAAUAUCAUAUUGAAGUGGUUGAAAACAUAUCGAAUCACGUAAGACUCGAUUUUUUAUAACUAAGGCAGCUAUGUUCGUGUAGUGUCCGUUAAUCUGUUUAUUAUAGGGAUGCCUUCGUACAGUAAUACCGGUAAUACGUAACGAAUAGUAAAGAUAUACCGAGUGACAUGGCCUAUAUUGAAAAAUUAGUACAAUUUAUAUUUGGAUAAAGCUCUCUAUAAAACUCGUGUUCCCCUGAAUAUAUUUAAACCUAGGUUAGGAGGUGGCCUGUUCUUGUAUGAAAUUUCCACUGCCGCAUAAAGUAGUAUAUACUAUACAUAAGAACAAAAAUCGAAUACUGCAAGAUAUGCUUCCAGUCACUAAUUUGAAUACCUGUAUUUAUUGUCUUGGCUACUUUCAAUAAAUUGGAUUUCUCCGUAAUUUAACAACAUUAUUUGAUCCAAAAGCGAUUAUUAGCGACUGAAAGAUUAUCUCGCGAAUAACAUUUUUUAAGAUAUUUCCCUUCAAGGAAUUCCUUUUCCAAUUUAUUCAAACGAACCUAUACAUUUAUUUCUAUACUUCUUUUAAACCCUCUUUACCUCAAAUAAAUCUUCCGCAAAAUAUAGAACAAAUAACAGAUGAUUACAUAAUAUUUUUGAUAACAGGUGAACGGCCUAAUCUUAUUUC